AUGAAAAAUAAAACGAUACUGACUGAGUUUAUCCUUCUGGGUCUAACAGAUGUUCCUGAACUUCUGGCAGUAAUUUUUACAUUUUUUUUCAUCACCUAUAUACUCAGCAUCACUGGAAAUACUAUCAUCCUUAUCCUCACUGUGUUGGACUACCACCUUCAAACACCGAUGUAUUUCUUUCUACGGAACUUUUCCUUCUUGGAAAUUUCCUUCACAAACGUUUUUAUUCCCAGGCUUCUGGUCAGCAUCACAACAGGGAACAAGAGUAUAAGCUUUGCUGGCUGCUUCACUCAGUAUUUCUUUGCCAUACUCCUUGGAGCAACAGAGUUUUAUCUCCUGGCUGCCAUGUCCUAUGAUCGCUAUGUGGCCAUCUGCAAACCUCUGCAUUACAUGACCAUCAUGAGCAGCAGAGUCUGCAUCCAAAUGGUUCUCUGCUCUUGGCUGGGGGGGUUAGUGGCUAUAAUACCACCAAUUAGUCUGAUGAGUCAGCAGGACUUUUGUGCAUCCAACAAGUUGGAUCAUUACUUCUGUGAUUUUAAGCCUCUUCUAGAACUCUCCUGUUCAGACACAAGCCUCAUAAAGAAAGUUGUCCUCCUUGUGGCAUCUGUGACUUUGCUAGCCACUUUGGUACUGGUGAUUUUCUCCUAUACAUUCAUCAUCAGAACUAUUCUGAAGCUACCCUCAGCUCACCAAAGAACAAAAGCCUUUUCUACCUGUUCUUCCCACAUGAUUGUCAUCUCCAUCUCUUAUGGAAGCUGCUUCUUUCUUUAUGUUAAGCCUUCAGCAAAAGAAGAAAAUGCAUUUAACAAGGGAGCAGCUCUGCUCAUCACUACCAUUGCUCCCUUAUUGAAUCCCUUUAUUUACACCCUAAGGAAUCAACAGGUAAAGCAAGCUCUCAAGGAUGCAGUCAAAAAACUUGUGAGUGUUUAA